AUGGGCCUGUUUUCCAGCAAAAUUGCUCGUACUUCAAAAAUGGCGAACUCUGCAGAAAUUCAACAAUUUAUUAAAGAUGCCAUAUCUCAAGAAAAAGUUGUAGUUUUUUCAAAAUCGUAUUGCCCUUAUUGUACACUGGCUAAAGAUGUAUUCAGCAAAGUGAAGCAGCCGAUAAAGGUAUACGAAUUAGAUGAGAGAGAAGAUGGAUCAGUCAUUCAAGAGAACCUUAAAAAAAUUACAGGAUUUGGAACGGUACCACAAGUGUUUAUCAAUGGCAACUGUGUAGGCGGUGGUUCAGAUGUGAAAAAUCUAUAUGACUCUGGAAAAUUAGAACCUAUGCUCAUCGGAUAA